AUGGGUGCUAAUAAUGCAGCAAUGAACUUGAACAAUCGGGACUAUAAUGUAGAAGUGGACCAAGAAAGAUGGAUAAGGGGAACGGGAAGUUUUAUUUCGGAUAAUCCGUAUUUGGUUGAGAGUGCCUUGAAUUUAAGGCAGAUGACAGCAGCUCUAUCUGGUGCUAUUUUUCCGGAGUUAUCGGUUCAAAACAUGUUAAGAACUCGAGAAAUAGGUAAACGAGAAAGACCGAAAAACCGCCGCGUACUUGCUGAACAGAAUACAUCGGUUUCUUCCAUAAGCGGUGUUUUCAGCCUUGGUGAAAAAGCUUCUAUAAUCAACAAAUAUCUUCCAAACCAAAGAACUGUGAUCGAAACAGUAAACACAAAAACAUUCUGCUGUUUGUAUUUACCGCAUAAUAGAAUUGUUACCGCAAGUCAAGAUGAUAAGUUACGUUUUUAUGUACGACAAAAUCAUCUGCAAUCAAAAUAUACACUGGUGCAGCCAACAAUUCAGUAUUCAGUUCCCGACGUUGGCUGGAGUAUUCUUGAUAUAACUGUUAAUUCUGUCGGUAGUCAAAUUGCUUACUCAACCUGGAGCGAUUCCGUUCAUUAUACUGCUCUUGAUCAAUUGGGUGAUCAUUUACAUUGGAAUACGUUCACCGGAGCAGAAUUGCCUCCAUCACGUUCCAACAGAUUUGCAUAUUUUUCCUUGCGAUAUAACAUGGAUGACAAGUAUGUUAUAGCCGGUGGAUCGGAUGGUUUUGUAUACCUAUUUUCUCCAUCGUUACCUCGUUUCCAAAUGUUCCCAGCUCAUAAGGAUGAUGUCAAUGCAAUUUGUUGCAGUAAAGUUAAUCCUCAUAUUUUUUGUAGUGGAAGUGAUGAUGGACUUUGCAAGGUAUGGGAUAUUCGUUUGCUUGGAAGCGCUAAAGGUCCCGUUGGUGUGUUCGCAGGGCAUCGUGAUGGUAUCACUUACAUUGACAGUCACGGUAAUGAUAGAUACAUCUUGACAAACUCCAAAGAUCAGUCUAUUAAGAUUUGGGAUUUGCGACGAUUUUCUUCAAGUAAUGCCGAGAAGGUUACGCUUAAUGCAGUGCGAAAACAGAGAUGGGAUUAUAGAUAUCAGCAGAUACCGCCGAUUUUCCAAUCUGUGAGACCUUUGCAAGGUGAUGGAUCAUUAUUAACUUUUCGAGGACAUUCAGUGCAGCACACUCUCAUUCGGGCCAAGUUUUCACCAGAACGAACUGGUUUUCGCUAUAUAUACACCGGUAGUACAGAAGGGAAUUUGCACAUUUAUGACAUUUUAACGGGACAAAUUGUGCGAACGUUGGAUGGACACAGAAGUGUAGUGCGUGAUUGUUGUUGGCAUCCUGACGAAAACGAAAUUAUCACUGUUUCAUGGGAUGGAGUAACAGCCAGAUGGUAUUACAAUUCGCGAUGUGAUGAUGAUCAGGAGGAAGAGCUGGAUCGGGUAAGUGAUUCAAAUUCAUUACCAGAUUAUGAUGACGAUGACGACGAUGAUGGUGAUGGGUAUAGCGUUAGUCAUAGGAGAAGUAGCAGACAUCAGCAUAUGAAGAGCCAUCGGAAAACAAAUAAUACUUCUUUUCCUUUUGUUCGACGUCGUUGA